AUGAAGCUUUUAGCGCUAAUUUCAGGUGGAAAGGAUGGAAUCUAUAGCAUCAUCGCGGCGAAAAGACAAGGGCAUGAAGUAGUCAUGCUAGGUCACCUAACUCCUAAACAAAAUGAGGAUGUUAACGAAUUGGAUAGCUUCAUGUACCAAACUGUAGGACACAAUAUAGUCCCAGCAAUCGCUGAAUGUAUGGAGAUGCCCAUUAUUGAACGUGCAAUAACAGGUGAACCCAUAGUGACAGAGUCACUGGAAUAUACGCCAUUGGAGGGAGAUGAAGUGGAAGAUCUAUACCGCAUUGUUGUUGAUGCGUUGGCCAUUCGAAAUGAUAUAGAGGGGAUACUCACAGGGGCUAUAGCAUCACAAUACCAACUUCAAAGAGUGUUGAACGUGGCAACGAGGCUCGGGCUCAAGACCGUACAGCCGCUUUGGGGACGUGAACAAAGCGAACUACUUGCAGAGAUGAUAGAAAAUGAUGUAGAUGCAAUCAUAAUCAAAACGUGUUCAAUGGGACUCAAUGAAAAACAUUUAGGGAGGUCAAUACGGGACCUUUACAACGAGUUUUUGAGUAUUAGAGACAAGUACGGGUUCAACGUAUGUGGAGAAGGUGGGGAAUUCGAAAGCCUUGUAUUGGACUGCCCUCUAUACAAAAAACGAAUCGCAAUCACACAACACAAGUGCGUUGAACACUCGCCAGAUCCAUUUGCGCCUACAUUACUGUACGUACCACUGAAAUGGGAGCUUAUCCCGAAAAGGUGA